AGGGCAGCUUCCGCUCCAGGCUUCCGCGUGGCAGACAGAGUGCAGAGCCCAUUCCACCCAGUGUGGUUACCCCAAGCAACCCACUUCUCUUCCCCCAUGCCAGCUCCAACGUGCUCCUCCUGCCAUGCAGCCCGCGCCGCCCUCCGCCGCCCGCGCUCCGGGCAGGCUCUAUGCGGCUCCUGCUUCUGUGCAGCCUUUGAGGCCGAGGUGCUGCACACCGUGAUCGCCGGGCGCCUGCUGCCCUCGGGUGCCGUGGUGGCUGUGGGCGCCUCGGGUGGCAAGGAUUCCACGGUACUGGCACACGUGCUGCGCGAGCUCGCGCCACGCCUGGGCAUCACGCUGCACCUGGUGGCGGUGGACGAGGGCAUCGGCGGCUACCGUGACGCAGCCCUGGAGGCCGUGAGCAGCCAGGCCGCGCGCUGGGAGCUGCCGCUCACCAUUGUGGCCUAUGCAGACCUGUUCGGGGGCUGGACGAUGGAUGCCGUGGCCCGCAGCACUGCCGGCUCUGGCCGCAGUCGCUCCUGCUGCACCUUCUGUGGGGUGCUGCGGCGGCGCGCGCUGGAGGAGGGUGCACGCCUCGUGGGAGCUACACACAUCGUGACUGGCCACAAUGCCGACGAUAUGGCGGAGACAGUGCUCAUGAACUUCCUGCGCGGUGAUGCUGGGCGGCUGGCGCGGGGUGGAGUGCUGGGCUCUGCGGGCGAGGGGUGCGCACUCCCGCGGUGCCGGCCUUUGCAGUUUGCUUCGCAGAAGGAGGUGGUGCUGUACGCUCACUUCCGCCGCCUGCGCUACUUCUCCGAAGAGUGCGUAUAUGCACCCGAGGCUUUCCGCGGCCACGCUCGCGACCUGCUCAAGCGCCUGGAGGCAGCGCGACCUUCGGCAGUGCUGGACCUCGUGCACUCAGCAGAGCGCCUUGCUCUUGCCCCAGCAGCUCGGCCCCCUCCUCCAGGUACCUGCACCCGCUGCGGGGCACUGGCCAGCCAUGCGCUUUGCCAGGCCUGUGCGCUCCUGGAUGGCCUCAACCGAGGCCUGCCACGCCUGGCUAUCGGCAAGGGCCGCCGCAUGUUACAAGCCGAGCCGCCACUGCCUGGGAACCCAAGCCAGGCCACCAGUGACCCUGCGGCCCCACAGGAAUCCUGCAGCUGUGAGCAAUCUAGAGAUGGAGCCACCCUGUGCAGGGAAGGAGGAGACCGGGCGGGGGCCACCUGUGACCUACAGAGUGAUGUGAGCCCCUCGGAGUGACCUGAGUCCUGAACUCUACAUUGUCCUGUGCCCUGAAAAGUGACCGUGCCCAGUAGUGCCCUGUUCUUGUGAAGCGAUCUGUGCACUGUGAAGUGACCGCCUUGCCCUUCCAGAGCUUCCUAAGUGGAGUGACUGUGUACCAUGGAGGGACUGUGCUCUGCACAGCAACCUGAACCUUGGAGACAGUGAGGGAGCCCCGGGCUAGGCUACCAGGCCUGAGGGAGAAGGGACCAGCAACCCUGCAUUCCUGCACACCUCUGUGGGCUCUGAAUAGCCCUGGCCUCACUUUGUCUGCCCAAGUCAGGUAAACAAAGUCAAAGGAGUAAUAGGAACACAUUCACAUCGUCACCCUGCCCUUUCAUCAAGGGAAAACUUGCUCCUGAGAGAGUCAGAGAAAGUUUAUUCUGAACCAGAAGCUUCUGGUGCAGGGUAUGUGGGUUCAGGUUGCCCCAGGGACACUGCUGUGGUAGCAGUUACACAACUAUUUACAGCCCUAGAACAAAAGAAAGUCAUUAAUCAAGCCAUUGGCCAGAUGCACUGGUGUAGGUAGGUUCCAGCAAGGUUUGGGAAAUCCCUGCUGUGGGUCUCAGCUGCUAUCUGAUGACUUUCUUUGCCUGUGAGUCAUUGGAAGCCAAUGGUCUGCUGAGUUGAUACAUUCCAAACCAAGUUUGUGUGGUUUUCACAUGACUGUUGGGUCAGUGUCCUGGCUGGUCAUUUUUUGUUUGUUUGUUUUUGUUUUAUUUUGCUAACUUGCCCCAGGCUGGGAUCAUCUGAGAAAAUGUCUCCUUCAUAAGGUUGACCUAUAUGUAAGCCUUUGGAGCAUAAGGUUGACCUAUAUGUAAGCCUUUGGGGCAUUUUCUGAUUGUUGAUUGUUAUGGAAGAGCUCAGCCCACUGUGAGCAGUGCAGUCACCUAGGCGGGUGGUCCUGGGUACUGUAAGAAAGUAGGCUGCUGGGUGGUGAUGGUGCACACCUUUAAUACCAGCACUCUGGAGGCAGAGACAGGCCGUGCAAAGUCAGCCUGGUCUACA